ACUGAUAUGUGUUGCAGUGUUACCUUAGAGGUGUUGGUGUGGUGCAUGCCUAAUAUGUACGGCAGUAACUGUGAUGUAUAUUGUAUGGACUCGCCAAGGAUGCAUUGCAACAAAACUACCGGGCAAAAGUAUUGUAUACAAGGUUGGACGGGUGCUAAUUGUUCCUCCUGUAACCAGUCAGUGUGUCACAAUCACGGGAACUGCGUCGCAGAUACAAACGGACAAUCUAAAUGUGUUUGUCUUCCUGGUUGGACUGGGCAACACUGUGAACAGAAAGUCAACGUGUGUCAGACAAUGCCAUGUCAACAUGGUGGAGUGUGUAGUAAUACAAACGGGUCAUUUUCCUGUAAAUGUGUCAACGGCUGGCAUGGGAAGACAUGUUCCUUGCUGGACAUAUGCCAAACCCGGAAUCCAUGUGAAAAUGGCGGAACGUGUUACAGUACACCUACUGACUACAAAUGUUCCUGCACUGCCGGUUGGAUAGGCAAAAACUGUUCGACUGAAGUAAACGAGUGCCAGUCGGGACGUAACCCUUGUCUUCAUGGAGGAACAUGUGUUAAUACGAGAGGUUCCUUUAGAUGUGUCUGUUCGUCCGAGUGGACGGGUUCAAUAUGCUCCGAAGAUAUCAAUGAAUGUAAAAGUAGUACAAAUAAUCCUUGUCAAAAUGGCGGAACAUGUCAAAACACUAUCGGUAACUAUAUGUGUGUGUGUCCUCACUCUUGGUCUGGACGUUCGUGUGAAGUUGAUAUUGACGAAUGUUUGUCCUCAACUCCAUGUCUCCAUGGCGGGACAUGUCAGAACACAAACGGGUCCUUUACAUGUCUGUGCCCCACCAACUGGUCGGGAUAUAGAUGUCAAUUGGAUAAAAAUGAAUGCAACAACACAACACCAUCAUGUCAAAAUGGCGGAACAUGUCUAAAUACAGUUGGAAGUUUCACAUGUACGUGUGUAGUGGGUUGGACGGGGCGUACGUGUGGUAUUGAUGUUGAUGAAUGCAUGCAACGGAACCCAUGUUCCAACGAAGGAACUUGUCAGAACAUAAACGGAAGUUACUUUUGCCAUUGUCCAGCUGGAUGGUCUGGCCACUCUUGUAAAGAAGACAUAGAUGAAUGUAACACGUUGUCACCUUGUUCUCAUGCAGGGACUUGUAAAAAUCUAAACGGUAGCUUCACUUGUUACUGUCCUCGUGGUUGGACUGGUCCUACAUGUGAAACGGACAUUGAUGAAUGUAAGACGUCAAAUCCCUGUCUCCAUGGCGGCAUAUGUCGGAAUAUAAAUGGAACUUUCAGCUGUAGCUGUCCUACAGGGUGGACGGGGAAAACAUGCGAAACAGAUAUUAACGAAUGUAUGUAUUUAACGCCAUGCCACCAUGGCGGGACGUGUCGUAAUAUGAAUGGAAGUUACACCUGCCUGUGUACUCCGAGCUGGACCGGCAGCACAUGUGAGAAGGAUAUUGACGAAUGCAAGAAUUCAAAUCCUUGCACACAUGGAGGUACCUGUCUGAAUAGUAUCGGCAGCUUCUCGUGCGUUUGUUCACAAUCAUGGACGGGUGAACUGUGUGAUACCGACGUUGAUGAGUGUAAUAAUACAGAUUCCUGUCUAAAUGGAGGCGUUUGUUACAACUCAGACGGUUCCUACUCGUGCGAAUGUUCUCCUGGGUGGUCCGGACCGAAUUGUCAAUCAGACAACGAUGAAUGUGAAAUCAGUGAUAUUUGUCACAACCACGGAACUUGUCAAAACACAAAUGGAAGUUUUGUUUGUCACUGCGUGAACGGUUGGACUGGAACCACAUGUCAGACUGACGUGAACGAAUGUCGGUCUUUGUCACCCUGCCUUCACAGUGGAACCUGUUACAACACGAACGGCUCUUUUUACUGCGAAUGUGUGAGCGUAUGGAUGGGAAAGACUUGUGAGACAGACAGAGACGAAUGUCAGGAAAGUGAUGUAUGCCAACACAAUGGAACAUGCAACAAUGCAAUCGGAAGUUUUAGUUGCCAGUGUGAUAACGGCUGGGAGGGGAAAACAUGUGACAGGGACAUCAAUGAAUGUAAGAUUUCCACCCCAUGUGUCAAUGGUGGAACAUGUCGUAAUGCAGAAGGAAGUUACACCUGUCUGUGUAGUCCUCAUUGGACCGGCAGCACAUGCGAGAAGGAUGUUGACGAAUGUAAGAAUUUAAAUCCUUGCACAAAUGGAGGUACCUGUCUGAAUGGUAUCGGCAGCUUCUCGUGUGUUUGUCCACAAACAUGGACGGGUGAACUAUGUGAUACCGACGUUGAUGAAUGUAAUUAUACCGAUUCCUGUCUUAACGGAGGCGUCUGUUACAACUCAAACGGUUCCUACCUCUGUGAAUGUUCUCCUGGGUGGUCGGGACAGAACUGCCAAUCAGACAACGAUGAAUGUGAAAUCAGUGAUAUUUGUCACAACCACGGAACUUGUCAAAACACAAAUGGAAGUUUCGUUUGUCACUGCGUGAACGGUUGGACUGGAACCACAUGUCAGACUGACGUGAACGAAUGUCGGUCUUUGUCACCCUGCCUUCAUAGUGGAACCUGUUACAACACGAACGGCUCUUUUUACUGCGAAUGUGUGAGCGUAUGGAUGGGAAAGACUUGUGAGACAGACAGAGACGAAUGUCAGGAAAGUGAUGUAUGCCAACACAAUGGAACAUGCAACAAUGCAAUCGGAAGUUUUAGUUGCCAGUGUGAUAACGGCUGGGAGGGGAAAACAUGUGACAGGGAUAUCAAUGAAUGUAAGAUUUCAACCCCAUGUGUUAAUGGUGGAACAUGUCGUAAUGUAGAAGGAAGCUACAGGUGUCUGUGUAGUCCGAGCUGGACCGGCAGCACGUGCGAUAAGGACGUUGACGAAUGUAGGAAUUCAAAUCCUUGCACACAUGGAGGUACCUGUCUGAAUGGUAUCGGCAGCUUCUCGUGCGUUUGUCCACAAACAUGGACGGGUGAACUGUGUGAUACCGACGUUGAUGAAUGUAAUAAUACAGAUUCCUGUCUAAAUGGAGGCGUUUGUUACAACUCGGAUGGUUCCUACUCGUGCGAAUGUUCUCCUGGGUGGUCCGGACCGAAUUGUCAAUCAGACAACGAUGAAUGUGAAAUCAGUGAUAUUUGUCACAACCACGGAACUUGUCAAAACACAAAUGGAAGUUUCGUUUGUCACUGCGUGAACGGUUGGACUGGAACCACAUGUCAGGCAGACGUGAACGAAUGUCAGACUUUGUCACCCUGCAUUCACAAUGGAACCUGUUACAACACGAACGGCUCUUUUGACUGCGAAUGUAUCAGCGGGUGGACGGGAAAGACUUGUGAGACAGACAGAGACGAAUGUCAGGAAAGUGACAUAUGCCAACACAAUGGAACAUGCAACAAUACAAUCGGAAGUUUUAUAUGUGACUGUCCCAGGACUUGGACCGGACAAAUAUGUGAGCAGGACGUGAACGAAUGUCAUGAUCUUUCAUUGUGUCAAAAUUCAGGAACAUGUUAUAAUACGAACGGCUCGUUUCGUUGUGAAUGUACUCCUGGAUGGUCGGGGAUACAUUGCGAGAAAGAUAAUGACGAAUGCGUGCUUGGGGAUAUAUGUCGACACGGCGGAUCUUGUCACAAUAUCAAUGGAUCUUACGAAUGCUUAUGCAGCAACGGAUGGACGGGUUUGAAUUGUGAGACUGACAUAGAUGAAUGUGUACAUAGUCAACCCUGUAAAAACAAUGGAGUCUGUAACAACACCGACGGCUCCUAUGCUUGUAUUUGUUUACAUGGAUGGAAUGGGGAGCGCUGUGAGACUGACAUUGAUGAAUGCAAUAUGUCAUCACCUUGCUUUAAUAACGGCACGUGUAACAACACAUUAGGUUCAUACAGUUGCACCUGUACUAUCGGUUGGACGGGGACGUUGUGUGACGCUGACAUCAACGAGUGCAAGAUAGCAGAUCCAUGUAAACAUGGCAGUGUGUGUCACAACACAAACGGCUCUUAUACAUGCACGUGCAUUAAUGGUUGGAAAGGAAUCGAUUGCGCGGUAGACGUGGACGAAUGUGAAGUAUACGACCCAUGUGACCACGGAGGAACCUGUCACAAUCUCAACGGUAGUUAUACAUGUUCGUGUACACCUGCAUGGACUGGCCUGAAUUGUUCAGAGGAUAUAAACGAAUGCGCCGUUUAUCAUCCAUGUGAAAACAACGGAUCGUGUUCGAAUGUUUACGAAGGUUAUAGAUGUUGGUGUACAUCCGGCUGGAAAGGUGUCAACUGUACGGAAGAUCUGGAUGAAUGCAAGGACAAGGCACCCUGUCUUAACAAUGGCACCUGUAUCAACACACCGGGACAUUAUCAGUGUCAAUGCUCGGAAGGUUGGUCAGGUGACGACUGCUCCUCUGAUGUCGACGAAUGUAUCUUGUCAACAACAUGUUCCAAUAAUGGAACAUGUAACAAUAUCGAUGGUAGCUAUACGUGUUCUUGUACACAAGGCUGGUCCGGACACGACUGUUCCAGUGACGUCAACGAAUGCUUUUUAAAUCCAAACAUAUGUCGUAAUGGAGUUUGCACCAACGUAAAUGGUUCGUUCAUAUGUACAUGCUUUGAAGGCUGGACUGGACACAACUGCUCAGACGACGUCGAUGAAUGCUCUAAAUUACCAUGCAAAAACAACGGGACGUGUGUUAAUAUUCCCGGGAAUUAUACUUGUUCAUGUCCUACAGGAUGGACUGGUCGUCUAUGCAAUGUUGACAUCAACGAAUGUUCUAUAAGGGUGUGUCUCAAUGGUGGACAUUGUCAGAAUUAUAAUGGUGCCUACACAUGUCAGUGUUUUGAUGGUUGGCAUGGAAACAAUUGUGAAGUAAAAAUGUCACCAACGACAAACAGCAUACAACAUUUAUUUUCUACAGAAAACACCGAAUCGAGACAACCGAAUUUUACACCAACAGGCACUGUUAUAUCAGCACAUAUGAACAGAAAUAACACGACUGCUUCUACUAUCCGCGAAUCAUCUUCACCAGACAUCAUUUCUACAGCGGCUCUACCUCAAAGAUCUACUGAUAUAACGUCUAUCAUAUCAAACACCACGGACUCGACAAAGUCAACAAACAUUUACCCUGUAUCUGGUUCAGCGUCAACUAUACAUGCCACUGAGAACUCUAUUUCUCGUAAAACAACAUAUUCUGACUCAACAUCACAAAAACCCACCACUUCUAGAUCAACAACAUACAAAGUGACAAGUGCUACAUCAUCGACGCACAAGUCUACAAUAUCUACGCCAGCAUCGUACAAACCUCAAACAUCUCGUUCAGCGUCUAAUAACACAGCAACAAUGUCUAUAUCCCACCACUCGUAUAAGUCGACCGUUAAGGAUGGAAAGACGGCAGAUACAUUAACGUCGCAUACAAAUACUCCUUCGAUUACGGGUCCCGUCACGACAACACCAAAGACGACCGGGUUUUCUACUACUAAACCGACCACAGAUAGUAAAGAUUAUGUGUCACUGACGUUCGUGGGGAGUGGAAACGCAACUGUAUCGGUGUUACUUACAACAGGCGUGGAAGCGAUGGUCGGACGGAUCUGUUCACAAGGGAAACCGGACAUUAAACAGAUACACUUCACUGGGGGCCAUACCAGAUGCCAUAUAGAGUUUUUGGCCACUUGUGACGGACACCCGUUGGAACAGAACCAGGUCGACAUCGCUGUUAACACUGACACAUCCAUACAGAAAAUGUUUCCGCUCCCUCUACUACACACGAAAACACAGGAAACAUCUCCACCAACCCAAAGCUGGAUUGCUGGCAAUUGGGUUGCGUUAGCAGGGGCUGCAGCUGGAUUCAUCGUCCUCAUCACAUUGGGUGUAAUUCUCCAAAAACGACGUAAACACAGGAGAAGAGGUGUGUCUGUCCUAGAUGACAAAAUUCAACUGGAAAGGCAAUCUUCCACAGUGAAAUUGAUGAACAAUCCGGUCUACGAUAGCUGUACAACUAAUGCAUAAGUUUACAGAUCGGUGCUUCAGCAAAGAUUGUGAGCUUACAA